AUGCACCGCGCAACCGCCUAUGAUGCCCGCUCGGGGGCUCGUUCCUCGAGUCAUAGCAAUAGUAGUGCCUUCAGCCCUAAUGCCAACCCGAACGAGGACUGGACGAAGAUCUCCGAUCUGGCAGAGCGUCGUCGGAUCCAAAAUCGGAUCGCGCAACGGAACUAUCGUAAAAAGCUGAAGCGGCGACUGGAAGAUCUGGAAAGACGUGCCGCCUCGUCCGCUUCCCCCGAGCAAUCCCACGCCGAACCCGUUCCUCCCCCCAAGGCCACGCAGAACAAGCCUCGCGCCAAACAGCAACCGCAUGCGCGAGCCAGCAAGCCCGGGGACUCCAAACCAUCACACGCGCCGCAUGCCCCGCCCCCAGAGCGGGCGUCGUACGAUUACUACAGCCCCGAUGAGCGCACCAUGUUCGCCCAGCAAUGUACUCGCCAGCUGUCGGCGUCGCCGCCACCGGUCUUCUCGUAUCCGCCCAUGCCAACUUAUGACACCUACCGUGCCCCCUACAGCCAAAUGCCCGUCUAUCACACAGUGCCCAGCUCCUACCACGAGAUGUCCUUUGCCGAGUACGGCGAGCCGGUUCACUCGGUGGUGCCGAUGAUGCCCAAUCCUGCUAUGGGCGCUGCCCGGAAACCGGCCUAUGACGAAGACAUUAUCAGUCCGUUCAGCAUGAGCUAUGCCUCGAUGGCCGGCAUCGAUCUAUGUCCACAGCCCUCACACGCCGAGCCUGGUCUUCCGAUGCCUUCGCUUUCCUACGGCUAUUCGGAUGACCAGAGUGCGGCGUCAACUUCGCCCGAGGCCUCGAUCUUCACAUUCCCUCUGACGCCCGAGUCUCCCCCAUGCUCCCCGCGCUCCAUGCCCGGACCGUACGAGUACGAUCUCCGGUGCUGA